UGAGUCGGAGCUGGGGACGCGCCCAUCUCCGCGGCUCCUGCAAGAGCCGCCGGCUCAGCCCCUCCCUGGAGCCGCUUUGUCCCGGGUGACGGCGGCGGAGGUUGCGGGGAGGAGCGGGCAGCAGGCAGAGACCCACCGACCCACGGCCGCGCAGAGCGGGAGGCGGGGCGCGCCGCGCACGGCCCCACGCCCAGGCCCGCUGGCAGCGCGCCGCCCCCACGCGCUCGCACCGGCCGGCAGGUGAGCAGGCAGCGCCGCGCGCGAGCAACCAGCCCGGCCCCCGCAGACGCCCCAGCCGCCGCCUCCGCCUCCGCCUCCGCCGGCGCAUCGCGGACGCCCAGCAGUUGAUCCAGUGCUAUUUUAGUGGCUGUCAGCUUAUGGAAAUGAGCAACUGAAGGCGAUAUGACUGCAUGGCACACUGGUCCAGUAUGUUUAGUUUUGCUGUGGAUAAAGAAAUGUGAGACAGGCCCUACUGCGCAGCAGGAAUGAGGGGAGAAUCAUACUUCAUCGGAAUGAGGAGCCCAGGGCAGCAGGGACACAUCCCUGAAGAUGGAGGACUUUUCUUACUCUGCUGCAUAGACAGGGACUGGGCUGUCACUCGCUGUUUUGCAGAAGAAGCCUUUCAAGCAAUCACUGACUUCAAUGACCUCCCCAACUCAUUGUUUGCGUGCAAUGUUCACCAGUCAGUGUUUGAAGGAGAAGAAAGCAAGGAAAAAUUUGAGGGACUGUUCCGGACUUAUGACGACUGUGUGACGUUCCAGCUAUUUAAGAGUUUCAGACGUGUCCGCAUAAACUUCAGCAAUCCUAAAUCUGCAGCCCGAGCUAGGAUAGAGCUUCAUGAAACCCAAUUCAGAGGGAAAAAAUUAAAACUCUACUUCGCACAGGUUCAGACUCCAGAGACAGAUGGAGACAAACUGCACUUGGCUCCACCCCAGCCUGCCAAACAAUUUCUCAUAUCGCCCCCUUCCUCCCCACCUGUCGGCUGGCAGCCCAUCAACGAUGCCACACCAGUCCUCAACUAUGACCUCCUCUAUGCCGUGGCCAAACUAGGACCAGGAGAGAAGUAUGAGCUCCAUGCAGGGACUGAGUCCACCCCAAGUGUCGUCGUGCACGUGUGCGACAGUGACAUAGAGGAAGAAGAGGACCCAAAGACUUCCCCAAAGCCAAAAAUCAUCCAGACUCGGCGUCCUGGCCUGCCACCCUCCGUGUCCAACUGAGCUGCCUGCCCUGCCUCUAUGAUAAUAGCCGUCUCCUCUUUAUCAUGCUUUUUCCCUCGUUGUUUGUCAAAAAAAAAAAAAAUUGCCUUUAAAUUCCUGGGUGUUUGGUUGUUUGAGAUUCCUUCCUUGUUAUCAAGCCUCUCAGACAAAAGGGCUAGGAAAAGGUGAUAUGUCUCCUGAUCAUAUCAUACCCAUUAAGUAUAACCCAUUAUUUAGAAGGUUCUAGGGAAAAAAGUAGUAUUUUUCUUAUUAACUAAUCAGCACAGCCUAUAUCUUUGUUCUCUCAUGUUGAUCCAAACCAGAGACAUCAGUAACAAAUAGCACCUGUGUUGUUUGUGAGCUGUUUCAGUCCCAGUCCUGACAUGUGUGCAUUGUUGUUUCCUGGCCACUUAAAUAGGACCAUAUGUAAACUUGACUUUGACUGCAUGAGAUAUCCCUAUCUGGUCUCACUCAGUCCUCUGCAUCCCGACAUUCCCAGGACAUGCAUGAUCACCAGCAUUUAUUUUCAUGAUUUGAAGAUAUCCUAUAACUCACAGAUUGUCAGCAGCCAGCCAUGUCCUAUCUAGAUUAGGAAAUUUAUCAGCAUAUUCCAGCUCAACAAGUCUGGGUAUAUUCACUAUUGUGAGUCAAUACACCGUAGCUCUGUUGAAAUUCCCGGAGGCAAAAUUGAGCUUGGCUCCAAAGAUAUUCCUCAAUAGAUUUUGAACACUGCUCCCCUGUAGAACUUUCCCAGCCUCGUUGGGGAGGCUUGUCCAGGGUGAUAGAGACCGAUUUCAGAUGAACCUAUUUAUUACAAAAGUUUCAUGGUGUCUGAAUGAUUGUUUUCUCUCUUUGUAUAUUUGUACAAAUGUUUCAGCUGUGCUUUUAAAAUCUGGAUUUUUUUUUUAUUUAGUGAUUGUUCAACCUUUAGCUGCUUCAGAACAUAAUGUGCAUUGCUUAUGAAUGCCUUCAUAUACUAAUACAGAUACUCUGAUAAUAUUACACUCUAGUAUGGAUAACGCUGAAUUUUGAAAGGACACAAAAUAUCUAAUGCCAAUAUAUACAUCAUUAGCCAACAUCUUUGCUAUCAAGACCACUUGUUUUUAAAUAAAGAUGCAAGUGUCAAUUGUAGGUGAUUGGUAUGAAGCUAAAACUCCAGAAUGCAGCAGCAGCAGCUGAGCAUGUUAAAAUGGGGAAGUAUAAUAGAAACAUGUAUGCCGGUCCUACUCACGCAAUGCCCGUGUGCUCAGACAAGUUACUUGUUUUUGUUACGUGUAAUUUUUCUAUUUCUCUAGCCCAAAGUGCAUUACAGAAGAUACACCUAUAGAACCAUUACCUUCUGCUAUAUGUGCCAGGCAUCAUCUACUCCUGUACAUUAAUGACUUACUUUAGAUGCAAAGGCAGAUUACAGUGGAGUGGGGAAUUACUUUCAUUACCCAAGCCUCAGAAAAACACAGAAGAACAAUAACACAGCCAAUAGAUUGAGGGAUUGUUGUGGUUUUUGACUAAGGUGUAUGUUAGUUUCAUCAGAAACUUAAAACAUAGACUGAUCACUCAGAAAUUAAAGUCCGUUUUACUGUGAAUAUAGCAAUAUAGUACUGAACACAGUACAGGUGAAACUGAGGAGAGCAUUGCUUGUAAAAUCCUGAGUUUCCACAAGGAAAAUGAAAACUCCUUUUAAAAAUAAAAUCUGAGGAGUGUACAAUAAGCAUAUGCUUUGACUUUCCUUUGCUGUGGAGGUUUUUGAUGAUGAAAGACUACAGACUUAAUAGUGGAGAAAUGGUGUCCUCUAGUGGGAGAAAUAGUAGGCUCAGCUAUUCAGAUGCAGAGCACUGUAGCAGCCAGCCUUUCCAAGCUGACUCUUCUCAGCCAUCUGUGGGGUCAUUUGACAUUUUAAGCUACCCUGAAUUUCCAGAAUGCAGGUUCUAAAAAAAAUCUAGGUGAGAGAAAAUGUUUGUAAAUGAUUUUUAAAAAGACAUGUCUGACAUUUUUAACAACUUAGUAAAAGUUGAAAUGACCAUUUUGUGUAGUCAUAAAAGAAAUGCAAUGAAGUGUAUGACCUCUGUAGUUAGUAAAACAUUGCCCUGCGUCAAUGUUAACUUGUUUCAGAUCAAGAAACUCUUUCACUAUGUUGGGUUUGGGGAGGGGCGAAAAGAGGGGCUUUCCUUAGGAGAACGAUAAGAAAUGGAAAGGCUCCUCGAAGUGUUGCAAUGGAACUUCCUAGCACUGUGAAAGUCAGAAUUGCCUCAGCAUUUCCACGACGCACAUUAUGCAAACCUCUUUAGCACUAUUUUAAGUUUGAAAAGUUUAACAAUGAAGGGGAACGGGAAAAUUUCCACCAACUGAAUCAUUUGUGCACGUGUAUAGCUCAACGAGCUUAGACUUCAAAUAUAUCUGGUGAAUGACUCUUU